AUGCUUCGCUUCCCAUGGGGUGUUACAGUUCUCCUUCCGUUCCUUCUGGGUCAAACUCCCGACCCUCGUGACCCUUGCUACGAUGCUAACCAGCGCCCACGCUACUGCCUGCCUGAGCUGUCCGAACUGGCAUCGGGCCGUCUGGUGGAAGCCUCCAGUACGUGCAGCGGCCCUCCUGGGCGAUUCUGUGCCUUUCGGGAUUCGACCGACCCAGCCUCCAAAUUCUGCCAGGAUUGCCGAGAAAACCAGCCAGAGCAUCUCACCGACAGCGACGGUGAUACGACGUGUUGGUGGUCUCAGCCGGCAGCCAACGCCACGCUUACUUUGGCUUUGGGGCGGCGAAUGGAAAUCCUUUACGUGGCUCUCCGGUUCUGCUCCCCACGGCCAGAAUCUUUGGCCGUCUACAAGUCCAUGGACUAUGGACGCAGCUGGAUGCCAUUUCAGUUCUUUUCCACCCGCUGCUGGCGGCAUUACCGUCUGCCGCCAACCACCACCAUUGUGAAAAGCAUGGAACACGAGGCAGCUUGUGUCGAGGCUCAAACCGCUCCCAAGCCUCUCGCCGGCGGGCUGGUGGCCUUCAUGCCUCUUGCGGGCCGCCCUUCAGCCCAAAGGUUCGAGUAUAGUCCUGUGCUCCAGGACUGGGUGACAGCGACGGACCUUCGCAUGACCUUUGACCGCAUGCACUCAGCCCGGACACUGGGGUUGCGCAGGAAAGAGGCGUCCUAUGGAGUAGCCGAGCUGCAGGUUGGAGGCCGAUGCAAAUGCAGCGGACAUGCCUCACGGUGCACAGCUGGGAAAGAUGGAGGGGUCCCCCAGUGUGAUUGUCGGCACAACACAGCCGGCCCUGAAUGUGACACCUGCAAAGCUUUCUACUGGGAUAGGCCCUGGCAGCGGGCAACCCCCAAAGAUGCUCAUGAGUGUGUGGCCUGCAACUGCCACCGCCAUUCCCAUCGCUGUCGCUUCAGCAUGGAGCUUUUCCAACUCUCGGGCCGCCAAAGUGGGGGGAUCUGCUUGAACUGUCGCCACCACACGGCCGGGCGCCACUGCCAGUAUUGCUCACCAGGCUUUAAACGUGACUUCAGCCGCCCUGUGACCAGCAACAGAGCCUGCAAAGCUUGCCAGUGUCACCCUGUUGGGGCCAUUGGGGCCAUUUGCAACCAGACCACCGGGCAGUGCCAAUGCAAGAACGGAGUCGCCGGCCUGACCUGCAAUCGAUGCGCCCAGGGCUUCCAGCAAAGCCGCAGCGCUCUUGCACCCUGCAUGCGAAUCCAAGAAGAGAUGACAACUACAAUUAUCCCACCGCAGGAAUGGAAUGCAGGUGAGAAGGGAGGGCAUACCGAAUGUCGGAGCCAUUGUACACCACCACAAAGACGUGUCCAUAUGAACUUGAGGAACUAUUGCAAGAAGGAUUACGUUCUCCGGGCCCAGCUGUUGGCCAUAGAGAAGUCUGGGACAUGGUGGCAAUUUACAGCUUCAGUCCUCACUGUCUACCGCCAGCGUCACGUGCCUAUUCGUCGGGGAGAGCAGCCACUCUGGGUACCAGAACAAGAUUUGGCGUGCCGGUGCCUCCACCUCCAAGUGGGCAAAUCCUAUCUCAUCAUCGGCAACGAUGACGAGUCCCCUGACCCUGCCCGGCUAAUCCUUGACAAAAACAGCUUGGCCCUGCCCUGGAGGGAUGCUUGGGCACAUAAAUUGCGGAGUUUCCAGCAACAAAGCAGGCGUGGAAAAUGCUGAGGCAUCUGAGCCAGAGAGGUAGUGGGAAACUGGGCUGAAGAAACAGGUAGGAAAUGGACCGAAUGGGUAGAAAAUCCCUAGUUUUACACACCCAAACUGAGUUUCAAAGCCCAACAGAAACACCCUUGGGUAUAAAAAGCUGAGCCUAA